AUGAGUGAUAUUGAUGAGGGGUCGCCAAGCCGCAAGUCACGGUCGCCGGAGCGCGACGACGACACAGUGCGGUCUCCUCGAAGAACCCAGCCACAGCCGAUCGACCGGCGCGGAGUGGGACAAGAAGGCAACGCGAGGCAUGUGCCAAGGGUGGUACCUUCUGCAGCCCCUGUAUCGGCUGCCGAGACGCCUCUGCCUACCGACACGCCGACAGCGACAAGCGUGGCUGAGGACAUCGACAUGGGAGAAGAUUAUGGAGUCCGUGUGCUGAACACGCCAGCUAUUCCCCAGCCGCCUUUGUUCAAGGGGUCAACGAAGACCGAACGUCGGGUGUUCAUGCGAGAGUAUCAGCAGUAUACCUCGCUGAUUGAGGCAUUGCAGUCGACCAGCCAGCGGCCGUUCCUGAUGCCUUCGCAUGGCGAUGUGAUUGAAGCCAAGUGGGUCGCCUGGUUCAUGGAAGCUCACAACGAAGAGCCGGUGGAGUUGGACGCGCUCAAGAGGUGUCUGCAAAUAGCCGUGCAGUUCGACAUGAAGAUCCUCGACGCAAACAGUCGAGUGAGUCGCAUGCUGGACAACCUGAUGCGCGCUCUCAAGAGUGGGUGCUGCAUCAAGAAGGAAAACUGGUGGUGGGGAUCAUAA